GGCCUAGUCCCGGAGCCCACACAGUCGAGUCAGGCACCUACUUUUGACGUUAUGUCGCGCGGGCCGAGCGACCAUGGCUCCGCUGUCCUAGACCUGGCCCACACCUGCAAGACAGGGGGGAGGGACCGCGAACGUACCUGGGGUUCUCUCUCUCCUCCAGCGAAUCCGGACCACUUUUGUUUUGAUUAA